CUUUCAUUUACGCAUCAGUAGUUUUUGUACAAGCGUAAUCGUGCUAGCUAUUUAUUACAAUUCAAGCUAGCUCAUACGAAGCUUUUCUAUUCAUAGUCUGAUUACGUUAUUAAAUUACAAGCGUAGCGUGAGUCUAUCUAGAGUUGAUUAAAACCUCUUAUACGUGACGACAGCCGAAGACAGAAAAAUAUGGACUUUUCGGCUGCCAUCUUUUUUAUGGUUUUAAUUGGUGGAACUCAGUGUCUGCGAGUUUCAUACACCGGUCCGCCAAGGUUUCCUAUGAACAGUGAUGCUGUAUUAUCCUGUCAAGUAGACCCACCUCCAAGCGUACCCGAAGACGGUGACAAUUUAGCAGUUUGGUGGUCUCUGGUUACUAGUGGUGGUUCACGAAUUAAACUUGGAAAAAGUAGCGUAGCUGACAGCUAUCAUUACAACAACUUCCCAAACGACCUAAAGGACAGAUUCUUCAUGUCGACUGACAACUUUGGCGUUGGCAGAGCAGAUGCUACGAUACAGAGCAUACGAAUCGUCGACGGCGCUCAAUAUCAAUGCGAAGUAGAGAACCUGACUUCUCACGACGCCGAUAAUGUUCUGUUCGAAGUGAACGUGUACAACCCGCCCAAUGUUGAAAUUAAUGCCAUGGAAAUUAAUCUGGACAUUCGACCAAUAAUACAAGAAGAGCCUACGGAGUCGUCAACAGAAAACCCAAUGUACGAUGGCACACCAGCAAUCUCAGAAGACCCAGUCGAAGACACUCAAACCAACGUAACCAUUGCGCAAUGUGUCGCUACGUUCGCCUAUCCAAGACCACAGAAAUUUGAAUUUAUCUCUGAGGGCACAGCUAACGUGUGGACUGUCGUGGAUGGAUCCGACGUUAAAUAUGAAACCAACGAUGACGGUACCUACAACGUAUCCGCUAUCCUACGUAUCGACCCGACCGCCGAAUUGGACGGUGACACAAUCUUUUGCAAAACCUGGCUCUACCCUGACCUGGAAUUCGGUUCUACUGGAACCACACCACACAUCGUAGUAAAACACGUUACCAGUGAAGCAUCCAUCUAUAUCAGAAACAGCGUCGUUGAAGAAGGAGAUUCAGUCACAAUAAGUUGUUCUGCAAAUGGAAAUCCAGCACCAAUGCUUGAACUACAAGACCCAUCUGGCAAUUAUCAUAACGUAACUGGAGAAGACUUCAUUAUUUCAAGAGCUACAAUGAACGAUAGAGGAUUAUAUACAUGUUAUGCAUAUACUGAUGAUUCAACUGAACCUAAAGCACAAGAUUCGGCAUCUCUUGACGUCAAAUGGAUAGAAGCACCUCAGAUUACAUCCAACGGUGCUGUUGUCAGUGGCCAGCCUGUUGUUGUGGAGGUUUGGUGGAAGUCUUAACGUGAGAUGCUCUGCUGCAGGCAACCCCAUACCUGAUAUCUACAUUGGAAAAGUGAACCAAGAAACCCACAGUUCUAGUGUGAUAUUGGAUAGUGUGACAUAUGCGGAUGCUGGUACCUAUUCAUGCAGUGCAAGCAAAGGAGGCUUAGAAAAAACUGUCACCUUCCAAGUUGUGGUCAAUGGGGGUUGCAAACCAGUGCUACAAAAAUACGUGUCCUCAAGCUCACAGACAGGAGAGGGAGGGUAUGUAAAAAUGAUUUGUCAAUCUACUGGGCACCCAGCAUGUUCAAUGAGUAUGGAUUCGUACAACGACUACACCCCAAGUGCUAUCGGCCAAAACAAACUAGAAUUGGUGAUACCGGAUAUGCAGAAACAGAUGACUCCUCUUAACUUCACAUGCACAGCGUCGAACGCCCACGGUUCUGGAAGUGCUACUGUUAUUCUUGAUGAUGAGUUUGUUUGCUGCGUUCAACCAGUUACAGGCGGUUUGGGAACUGGAGUCGUCAUCAUAAUUAUACUUAUCGUUGCCCUGCUGGUUGUCGGCGUGCCACUUGCAGUGUAUUGCUACA